AUGACGGAAGCUGGUCAGUCGGUCCCUCGGACCAAGUUCGCCGUCUACUGCGGCGCCAACCCAGGCAACAACCCAAAGCACCUCGCCAUGGCCCGCGAGCUCGCCCAGGCGAUGGCUAAGCAUAACAUCGGUCUCGACGCUCGUCUCCUGUCCGGGCCCUCGGCUGUGCACGGCAUUAUCCCCGAUCCUCUCAUCCGCUACGAGCGCAACCUCCCCAGCGCGUCAUCCACCCCGGAUCCGGCCCCGGCCGCCGGCGCAGCUGCUCCAUCUACCUCGUCCAACGGCGCCAACCCCUCGCUCCCAGACGAGUCCAUCUGGGGACGUACCACGGUGGUCCCGGACAUGCAUACCCGGAAGAAGCUCAUGGCGCAGGAGGUGUUCCAGGGUGGGCCCGGCAGCGGCUUCAUCGCCCUGUCCGGCGGUUACGGCACCAUUGAGGAGAUGUUCGAGACCGCCACGUGGAACCAGCUCGGUAUCCACAAGAACGGCAUCUGUCUGCUCAACGUGGAUGGCUUUUACGACGGCAUCCUCCAGUGGAUCGAAAAGGCUAGCAGCGAGGGCUUCAUCUCCGCCAACAACAAGAAAAUCGUCGUCACCGCCACCGAUGCCGAGGGCGCUAUCUGCCAACUCAGGGAGUACAAACUCUCUGCGGACGCCAUGAAGCUCGAGUGGGGUGAGCAGUGA